AUGCUCAGCUCAGGAUUCACCAAUGCGCCAGUGACCAAAUUGGCUCUGGUCUUUAUUAUCGCUUCAUCGAUAAUAGUGAGCAUUGCAGAUGCUAAAUACCUGUUUUACAUUCAAGUGAACCCGCAUAUAUGGCAGUAUAAUCAGUUAUGGCGGUUUCUAAUCUGGCCGCUAUGCUAUACCAAUUCAACGGAGGUUCUCCUCGCGGGAAUGGUUAUCUAUACUUUACGGGUCAUAGAGCGGUUAUGGGGAUCGAGGAAGUUUGCGAGCUUUAUUAUUAGCACGCUUCCGUUGACGACUAUCCUACCUCCUCUCGUUCUCACGCUUAUAGCCCGCCCGCUAUCUCUGAAUACGCUGAACCAUCUCCCCGCUGGCCCAACUGCAAUUCUCUUUGCUAUACUCGCGCAAUACCACGCUACUAUCCCCACAACAUACAAGUACCGUCUGUUAACCAGCUCAUCUGGUGCCUCUGGAUCGGCCAUUACAUUUAGCGACAAAUCAACUAUCUAUUUUCUUGCGCUUCAGCUGUCCUUGUCACAAUUACCCCACACUAUACUACCGGCAUUCGUUGGCUGGGUGAUAGGUUAUGCAUGGCGUGCUGAGCUGCUUCCAAGCAAGAUAUCAUCAUGGAGAAUACCAGGUUGGCUUUAUGGCGGUUCCUCAGAACACCAAAGGCUGCGCGGAGCCUCGAGAAAUAGGGGUGACGGUGACGCUUCUUCGUCUGGAACCGCGGGGGCUGGAAACAGAGAUCCCGAGCGGUUAGAAGGGCUACGGCGAAGAUUAGAAGGUGAAUCUAGAGCUGCUGCUGUUGCUGUUGCGAAUACGGAUACGGAUGGCGGCCGAAGAAGCUCGAGUAGCGCUGGUGGCGGAGCUGGUGGUGUCCAGGAAGCAGACCAGCGAAGGCCGCUAGCUGGACAGAUAUUAGACCGGUUCAGGGGAACAUUUUAA